UACGGCGGGAGCGUCGUUGACUCCUCCCCCUCCAAGAUGGCGUCCUUGCUGCAAUCGGAGCGGGUUCUCUACCUAGUCCAGGGAGAAAAGAAGGUUCGGGCCCCGCUCUCGCAGCUUUACUUCUGCCGCUACUGUAGCGAGCUGCGGUCGCUGGAAUGUGUGUCUCACGAGGUGGACUCCCAUUACUGUCCCAGUUGUUUAGAAAAUAUGCCAUCAGCUGAAGCCAAACUGAAAAAGAAUAGGUGCGCCAACUGCUUUGACUGUCCUGGCUGUAUGCACACCCUCUCCACUCGGGCCACAAGCAUCUCUACACAGCUUCCAGAUGACCCUGCCAAGACCACCAUGAAGAAAGCCUAUUACCUGGCCUGUGGAUUUUGUCGCUGGACAUCUAGAGAUGUGGGCAUGGCAGACAAAUCUGUGGCUAGUGGUGGUUGGCAGGAACCUGAAAAUCCUCACACGCAACGGAUGAACAAAUUGAUUGAGUAUUACCAGCAACUUGCUCAGAAGGAGAAGGUUGAGCGAGAUCGCAAGAAACUGGCACGGCGUAGAAACUAUAUGCCUUUGGCUUUUUCGCAACAUACUAUUCAUGUAGUGGACAAAUAUGGUCUUGGAACCAGGCUUCAGCGACCACGAGCUGGUACAACCAUCAGUACCCUUGCUGGACUUUCCCUUAAAGAAGGAGAGGACCAGAAAGAGAUAAAGAUUGAGCCAGCUCAGGCUGUAGAUGAAGUGGAACCUCUGCCUGAAGACUAUUAUACGAGGCCAGUAAAUUUGACAGAGGUGACCACCCUUCAGCAGCGCCUCUUACAGCCUGACUUCCAGCCAAUCUGUGCUUCACAGCUGUAUCCUCGGCACAAGCAUCUUCUGAUCAAAAGGUCCCUGCGCUGCCGGAAAUGUGAACAUAAUUUGAGCAAGCCAGAAUUUAACCCAACAUCUAUCAAAUUCAAAAUCCAGCUGGUAGCUGUCAAUUAUAUCCCCGAAGUGAGAAUCAUGUCAAUUCCCAACCUUCGCUACAUGAAGGAGAGUCAGGUCCUCCUGACUCUUACGAAUCCCGUGGAGAACCUCACCCAUGUGACUCUGUUGGAGUGCGAGGAGGGGGACCCUGAUGAUAUCAACAGCACCGCUAAGGUGGUGGUGCCCCCCAAAGAGCUUGUUUUAGCCGGCAAGGACGCAGCAGCAGAGUAUGAUGAGUUGGCAGAACCCCAGGACUUUCAGGAUGAUCCUGACAUUAUAGCCUUCAGAAAGGCCAACAAAGUGGGUAUUUUCAUCAAGGUGACCCCACAACGUGAAGAGGGCGAAGUGACCGUGUGCUUUAAGAUGAAGCACGAUUUUAAAAACCUGGCAGCCCCCAUCCGUCCCAUCGAGGAAAGUGACCAGGGCACAGAAGUCAUCUGGCUCACCCAGCAUGUGGAACUCAGCCUGGGUCCGCUUCUUCCUUAAAAUGUUCCCCUGGGGGGCAGAUCCCAAAGGAAAGUAUCACCAUGAACCCACGUUAAGAUAUGGAAGCCGCUGCUUCUUUGGGCCUUGUUUAUAAUGCAGUAUCCAUGCACUACUGAAUCCUGUUCCUAGGAGGGUGGGGGCCUAGACACGGCAUUAGGAACACAGGGUGACUGCUGUUCCUCUGGCUCUCUCUUCUGUUAACACCUGUGAGUCUGUGUCUCCCUCACUGAACCCUGCACGUUAACUAACAACAGCAUAGUUCCAAACCAAGAAAGCAAGUGGCUGUUCCUUGCAGUGGCAUUAGAUUGACCACUUGAGAAACUGACCAUACUAUCUCCCGAUCUGGUCUCAUAAGGGAUCCCAAUCUCACAGAUGAAACUUAAAAUAACGAAAGGUAGACCUGCUGUUGAUGACCCAGCAUUGGUCUCAGCGCACCAACUGCUUUUUUGUAUUCCAUUAGAUUUAAUCUAGCUCUCUAAAUAUAUCCCUUCACUUGCCGUCCUGGCUCCCAUCUUGCCAUAGAGUUCCAUUUGAUGGGAAAUAGAAUUGUCACAUUGUCUUUUGUUUUGUGAUGAUUGGAAAAACCUGUGACAUGGUUAAGGCACCCUCAUUUGCCCUCUUUUAAGUAAAUAUAGGAUACUUAUUUAUUAACUUGCCCUUAAAAUGUUUUUCCCAGUAGAAUAUGGACUUUUUUUUUUUAGGGGAGAAUUUGAGAAGCAAACAAUUACAUGUCAUGGUGGGGGCAAACUCCAUUCAUUUUAACUGUUGGCACAAUGUCCAGGGGUUGAUGCUGCCACAGGGGGGCAGUCUUUGUCUUUCUCCCUACCCUUUCUCCUCUGUUCUGCCUCUAAUUCAGUAAGUUGUUCUGAGUAUUUGGGAUCUGGACAGAGCCCAAAGAAAACUUGGUGGACAAGUUCACUUUUGGAAUGCAGAAAACAUUUUGAAGGUUAGAUGUUUAGCAUGAUCUGAACUAAUGUUCUUUCCGUUGAUUUGAAGGGGGAAUUAAUAACCUCUUGAUCCAAAACUGGAAAUUAAGAAAAAGAACCUUCCCUGGUUUGAGACUUUUAUCAUACAGUGUGUCAAAUAAGACCAUUCUGACCGGAAACUGUCAAGUAGUUCAGCAAGUAGUGCAGAAUACUUGCCUAACAGCGCACAUGCUGUUUUCACUGGGUUUCCUGGAGUUGGGUUGCUAACCUUAAUUUCUGUGAUGUUUUGUGAAAUGAGACUUGACAAAGUAGACCACCAGCUGCACCACGUUUUCUGCUAAUGUAUUGUUAGCAAGUGGCCAACAGACUUCGGGGGAAAAGAGAAAUUUCCUGUUUACCGUGGUUUUGUUUUUAAGUUAAAGCCUUUAGUUUAAAAAAAAUUACGAGAUAUAUAUAUAGUAAUCUAGAAUACAGACAGGACAUAGUAACUCAUCAGCUCCCCUUGGAAGAUAAAAGUAUUAAGGAAGCCUUUGAAAGACACUAACUAGUACUCUUAACGAUCAAGCCAAUAUUAUGAAACAAUAUCCCACAGAGUAAUAUAUAUACUGCAGUGUAAGAAAAAACUACUCGUAUCUCUAAUAUGAAGACAGUAAUAAGGCUUAGCAUCUUAGGAGUUGGGGCAGGAGGUUGUGUAAUGACAAAUUUGCACACUUUUUGUGACCCCACGAAGUGUCAAAUUAGUUUGUGUUUCACUACGUGCUAGCGCCUUCUGUGACGCCAAUGCUCCAUAUCUGCCAGCGGAGGAGAUGGGCAUCCAGGUGGAGAACAGCUUCCUAUGUUUACACGCUUGCGUAGACUACACAUAGUUGUGCAUUCAUGGCGGAUAGCUGGUAUUUGUUCCCAGAAGUAGUGUUGAAGUAAUGGGUCUCAUCACCCCCAUGUGACACAGAAACACAAAAACACUUUUGAUCAUAGACAUUUUUUUCCCUCAGAAGCCAAAUUAACUUGUAGAAUAACAGAGCCUUUAUUUAAUGUUUCCUCAAGAUAGUUUCAGUGCAAGCUGGUAAUUCUGUGUGUUAGUAGAAAUGGUUCAAUAACCUACAGCUGGCAAAUUUGGAAUUUUAUUUGUUCCUUUUUUAUAUUAGAUCAGGUGCAAGAUUUUUAAAGCGUAGUCAGUGUGUGCCACUGCAGGUGAAUUAGAUGUCAUUAGCACUAGAAACUACAAUUUGGGGAACUUAAGGCUAAGUGAAUUUGAAUUUGUGAUUUGAUUAGCCCACCACAGUUUUCUUUUGUUCAAAGUGCUUAUAGGCGUAAUGAGCUAAAUGUCAUGCAUAUUUGUGAAGAAGCAUCCUUUUUGGUCCCUUUUGGGAAUGAGAGACACUCCUUGAUCUUUAUGAAUGACAGGUUACUGUUUUGCCUUACUGCUUAACUUAAUGUAGUGAAAUAAAGCAGACAAAGCUUGAGUCUG